CUUGCAAAAAGGCUAAAAAGACAGCUUCAAGAAUGGGCUUGCCUGUGUACAAAGAAAUGGCCGAAAGUACUAAAAUUACCCUUAACUGUGUUGUUAAAGAGAAUCCUAUUGAAGGCCAGUUCAGAAUUAAAAUCGAUGGAAAUGAUUUUAUUUGUGACCUUCGAGAAGCCAUAAGGGAAAAUCAGAGAGGUACUUUUGAGUAUGGUAGUCUUGGCAUCAAGUUAUGGUCAGUAGAUAUCGAUCUUGGUAAUAAUAGGGCAGUGCUUGAACAACUUCAAAAUGCUGACUCAACUGUCGAGUCCGUUACAGGAGGUAUCAGGAUUAUGGAAGGAUUCAGAAAGAUCAGACUGCAUUUUAAUAAUCCGGAUCCAAAUAAAAUUCAUCUUGUAGUCCAAGCUGUCCAAAAUUGGUGCGACGUAUGUGAUAAAGGUUCCGCAUCGAAGAAAACCUUAAAUAAACAUAAAGAAAGUAAUACUCACGACAAAAUGCUAGAUCGUGAAAGAAAAGCUAAAAACCCACCUUCUGAUCCUGGUUCUGAUGUCGAGGGUUUUCAUGACUAUGAUGAAGGUAAUGGGGAUAACUCCAUCUCAUUAACUUCAAACGAUAUUACAGCCUUUAAUGAUGAAAUUGAGAAUCUGGGUCCUGGAAGAUUGUAGUGAUGCGGGAUACGGUACUCCUUAGCAUAAAUAGAAAUAUUCUAUCAUGUAGCUGUGCGUUUUUUAUGUAGUUAUUGAUUUACUGGUCGCAAGAAAUAAAUUUCAGUUCGCGAUCACCUAAAAAAUGCGCAGUAAG